AUGAAUAAAAUAGAAACUUAACAAUCAUAUAAUCAGACAUAAAUCUAUAAACAAUAAUAACAAUAAGAGGAAGCACUUAUCGAAUACUAUGUAUAUUAAGACUUAUAAAACUUGAUUAAUUUAUUAUAUUCAAGAAAAGCUAUCCAUGAAUAUUUUUAGGAUGAUCCUACUAAUCCUUUAGUUAUUUUGAGUAAUAACAAAGUUAUUUUAUAAUUAAAUUUAUCAAGUGGAAUUCACACAGAUUUGUAAUAUUAAUAUAAAAAUGAAUUAAAGAAUAAAUUAAAAAAUGAAAAAAGUAUUGCAUUAUAGACUCUUAAAUAUGUGGCUCAAGAACUUAUGAAUUAAGGUGGAACUUAAAAUUAACAUUAAGAUCCAACCAAAGAUUAUUUAAAUUAGUUUAUAUAAAAUUAUGAAGAUGACAAGCUUCAUUUGAAUCAAUUUUAAUUAUAAAGUACUAACUAUGUACCUUAAUUUAAUGAGUAAGUUUUAUCAAAAAUAAUUUCAUCAAUACAAGUUGUAGAUCAUUAGACAAAUUAAGUAAGACAGAAUGGGAGCUAUUAGAAACCAACUUAAUAAUAAUUAUUAGAUAGAGCAUAGUAAUUAUAUAUUUAAUUAUAGUGUAUAUUUUCAUAUGACUAAAUAAAAGUUGAAUUAAAUUAAUCCAUAAAAUAAUUAAACAUAGUUAAAUAAUAAAUAAGAGACAUAUUUUCAGGGCUAAUAAGAUAAUAUUGUAAACAUUGCUAAUCCAUAAUAAUUUACUACUUCAAAUGCUUACUAAACACAAGAUUAGACAACAUUUAAAAAUAAUAAUGAAUAAUAGAAAUUAAUUAGUUUUUUUUAAUUCUUAGGAUAUUUUAAUUAAACAGGAAUCUAAUAGGUUUUUGAUAGGGAAAUAACAAGCUUGUAUAAUUGGGUCAUCCAGACCAUAAAUGAUCCUAAAAACCAAAACUAUUAUGAAAUACAGUUUGCAAAAUUUUUAGAAUCUAAUAGAUAGUUAAGACAUUAAAUAAUAUUACAUUAUUAUUUUCAAUUGUUCGUUGAUUAUUAUUAUACUAGAAGUUAUCAGGAAUUAUAGACAAAUUUAAUUAGUGAUCUUGUCUCAAAUAAUAAAGGAACAAUAGAUAAGGGCUUUUAUUCUUAUUAGUAUAAUCAAAAAGAUUUGAUAGAAAAAUUUAUACUUAAAAUAACUUAGAUGAAUUAGACUCAAAAUAUACCUAAUAAAGAAGUGUUUACAAAUCAAGAAAUAUAAGAUUAUAUCUGGCAAAUGUAUCAAAGCUAUUGGUAAUAAUAUUAUAAGCCUCAAAAGAAUUGA